AUGACAGACAAACAUCGAGACGUGAUAAACGAGGAAACCCCGGGUUUGAAAACAUGCAGAGCCUGCUCAGAUUUCAAAUCAUGGAUGAGGAAACAAAUGGGAAGAUCUGAAAAGGCCUCCCCACUUAAUUCUAACACUACUAACACUAACACAGAUGACUGCCCACCAGACAAAUCAGAACUGGGCAUUAAUACAUGGUCAUUCUUACACACAAUGGCCGCCUACUACCCUGAAAAGCCAACAACAUCUCAACAGGCCGACAUGAAAUCUUUCAUACACUUAUUCUCUAAAUUUUAUCCAUGUGAACACUGUGCUGAAGACUUGAGAGAAGAUUUAAAGAAGCACGAGCCAGAAGUGACAUCGAAUCUAACACUCUCUCAAUGGUUCUGUAACCUCCAUAACAGGGUGAACCUGAAAUUAGGGAAACCACAAUUCGACUGCAGAAAUGUUUUAAAAAGAUGGAAGGAUGGCUGGCCAGAUGGCAAGUGUGAUUAA